CAAAAGAGAAAUUUUAGAGUAAUGUCGAAUAAGUGUCGGUGUCGUAUAAAAACAAUUAAGUUUUCCUUGUGCUUCCUCGAAUGAUGGUUAAAUAAUGUAAUACUAAGUUAUUAAAAAAGGAGAUUUUACUUUUUAUUUAUAUAACAAAAAAAAAAUAAUUUAUUAAAAAUAAUUUUAUAUCGCGACGCAAAAAGUUUUGAUUAGAAUUUAAGUCUGUAGUAUAUACUAGAGGUGACGUCUGAAAUCGAAGGACCAAGCUUACAUUUUCUAGAGGAUGAGUUCUAAUAACGUGAAGGCGCUAUUCGCUUGCUCCAGGUGUUUCUCACGACAUCCUUUUGAAGAAUUAUCUCCGGGGCAACAGCUAUGCAAGGAAUGUCGUGGUUCGUUUCCUGUGGUUAAGUGUACAUACUGCAGAUCAGAAUUUCAACAAACCAUUAAAGGUAACACUUGUACAAUUUGCAAAAAGUGUGAACAGAAUGUCAAGGCCUAUGGAAAACCAUCGGCAUGCGAAUAUUGCAAUACUAUUGCAGCAUUUAUUGGUAGUAAGUGUCAAAGAUGUACCAAUUCAGAAAAACGUUAUGGUCCUCCGGUAACAUGUGAACAAUGUAAACAAAAAUGUGCUUUUGAUAGACAAGAUGAAGACAAAAAGGUUGAUGGAAAGUUACUAUGUUGGCUGUGUACACUCUCUUACAAGCGCGCUCUAGCAAAAACAAAGCAGUCUGAUGCAGAAAGAAGAGCUCACCUGAAACUUGCUCAUGAGCGUGCGGCAAAACAUAAAGAACAAAAAUUAAAAGGACACAAUAAACGACCACAUCGAGUGGACGUGACGAAAUUACCUCCACAAUCGGAUUCUACAGAAACAAAUGGACCAACUCCAGUUAAAGUUACACGAAUGGUUGGAGUUCAUGAUCCUCAUGAUCCCAAUAGUUCAGAUCAUGUUGUUGCUGUUACUCAACUUAAAGAAAAAAUAGCUCAUCUUCAAAAACAGUUAAUACAAAAAGAUAAUCAAUUACUUAGUAAAGAUAAACAGAUAACUGAAUUAAAAGCAAAAAAUUUUACAGCAGAAACGGAGCUGCGUAAUAAAAUGAAAGCAACAGAAAAAGAAUAUGAAAAUAAAAUAACAACAAUGCAGCAAAAAAUAUCAUCAUUAUUGAAAGAAGUUGCUACUUUAUCAAAAAGCACUAAACGUGCUGAUCGUUUAGCGGCAACUAAAAGUGAAGCUGGAACUAAUAGUGGAAGUGGAACAGAUAGUCCAGUACCUUGAUAAGGGGUUUAAUUAGUUGUAAAAACGUACAUUCAAAGUCCAUACCCACUGGAAAUUAAGUGGUUUACUUAUAUAAAUAGCAAAUUCUUUCCAUCUCACAAUACAAAAACUGUAUUAUUUUUAUAAUAUACGAAUAAUAAUUAUCCUCGAUGAUGGAUCAAAAAAAAUCAACUUAAAUAUUGAGGAUUAGAAUGAAAAUCAUUAUAAAAGCAAUGUAAAUGUGCUUUUAAUUAUUCUUUUUGAAGCGGUAAUUUUCAGAAGUGAUUAUAAUUAUUAUAUUAUAUCAAAUGAAACGGAAUUUAUUAUCUGAUCAUUAGUUAAAAUUAUAAAAUGAUUUAGCGUUCAUGUAUGUAUGAAAUUGGAAACUUUUUCAUUUAUGUAUAUUGGCAAAUUGGCAAACUCAAAUAGUAGUAGUAGAAAUUGGAUUACUUUAAUCACCGCUAUAUUUAAUAAAUAUUUGUAUUCAUUAUUAAUGUCAAUGAACCAAAUGGUUGGUCAUUUUGAAGAAAAGUUUUUCAAUACAAUUCAUGAAAAUUUU